UGGAUUACUAUCUCAACCACGUCACUCAGUGUAGUCAAGGGUUUGUUAGUGAAGCUUCUGCUAAGAUCUACAGCCCUGCACUGCUGAAGAAAAGAGCAGCAAGCUUUGGUGUGGAUGACAGGACAUCACUGGUUAAAAGUACAAACCAGAGUACAACAGAAAUUGAUGCAAACAUCCUAGCUGUACUGCCCAAAGUUUCAGAGCUAAGGAAGCAAUUUGAAACCUCCAUCAAAAGUGAUCCAGAAAUGAACCGGAAAGAGAGAAUUGCACGAAGGUUGGAGGGGAUUGAGGCUGAUGUUCCACCUGCUCUUACUACAAGCAUGCAACAUACAGCUGGCCUGGUGACCAACCGACUACUGGAGGAGGACACACCACGUUAUACACGUGCUUCAGAUCCCAGCGAUCCAGGCAUUGUGGUGCGACGCUACAGCCGUGAUGAGAUAGAAGCUCCUGAGCGGCAGUCCAGAGGUCGAACACGUCCAGAUCCACAGUUGUCCGCACACCCUGAGCCAGUUGGUCCUACGCCAGCUGGUUCUGAUGCAGCCAGCCUCAGCUCUAAAGCCGAGCGGAUUGCACGCUACAAAGCUGAACGUCGGCGACAAUUAUCAGAACGUUACGGAAUUCUCCUCGACCAGGAGGUGGAUCUGGAUUACACACCACGCUACACACGUGCACGAAGAGAGUCUGACCUGUCGGACAAAGGGGCUCCUCCUGACAGGGGACGUGGUGAGAGCAGGACAAGGGGCGUGGCAUUGCAAGAACAGGAGGAGGGGCGGGACCGAAGCAGCAGCAGGUCUAAAUACAGCAGUUCAGGAAUAGGGCGAGUCUUCAUGCCUUCUGACCCCGCCCCCAAUCCUGCUCCUCCUCCAUCAGGCUUUGAUGCUGAGCGAGAGAGAGAGAGGGCAAUGAACUUGGAAAAUUAUAGACGAGCACCUGAACGAAGUAUGAAAACACGCCCACAGGAAGCACCAGUUCCAAUGGAAACAACAUCAGCCCAACCAGCGAGGGGUGUCGCUGUUGUCACUGUAGCAAGUUCUCCUAGGACAGCACGCAGAGCUUCGUUACCCACAACACGGCAUGGCAUCUCUCCUGGAGACUUGUUCAUCGAGCAACAAGCUCAAAAUAUCCUCAACAGACAGGGUUUGGCAGCUCUCUCUCAGAGUGAGUGGUCCCUCAGGAGAGACACGGACAGUGAAUCAUACUCUCAAAUCAACUGGCCAUCCAGGUAUCAGAGUGGGAGUGCAACCCUUUAAAUUUCCCCAGUUGACCCGCUAACUCCAUUUUCCAACACUUUACCUUAUAUCCUACGAAGUCCAUGCACUCAAAUAAAUUUGCAUAAUUUAGAUUUCAUUAUCUUUGCUUUCUCCAUAUACAGUCAUUGUAGAUGUUGGCAAACAUUUCCCUUGUUAAUCCUCUUCAUCUUUCCACUGUUUUUUUUUUUAACUGUUGACCUUUGCCCUUCACUAGAGACCAGCUCCUAACAAUAAGACUUGGCUUCAUUCCUUUUCAGUUUUUCACUUAAAAAAAACAGGUGCAGCUUAUUUGUGUGUCGUGGAGUCACUGCUGGCUGAAAGAUUGCAAAUAAAUGGUUACAAGUCCUGCUAUUGAAAAACAUAUUUCUGAACAGAGAAUAUGUUGGGUUUUAGUUUUUUUUAUCCCCCUGAAUGUUGAACAUGAUGUCAGGUAAAGGUUACCUGUAGAAUUUAUUAAAACAUAAAGGGCUUUUGCACCAGAGGAACCUUUUCAUAGUUCCUAGAACUACUGCUGGAAGUACCCACUUUUGGCACGUUGUACCACAGGAAUUAGUAAGUUUUAGUUCUAGGAACUCAGUUUGGGGAAACUGAAUUAGCUCCUAAACAUCGGCUCACCAGCAUUUUUAAAAAGCCAAGUAAAAAUGUUUACUUCAUGAACAUGGAAAACAGUGUUAAUGGCAUUUAGCUACCUGUUGUCUGCAGCACUGUGUU